CUGAACACAACAACCACUGCAUGUUGUCUAAUGACUCAGAGCAGCAGGGACGCGCUGGUCUUUGUCACAUCGUUAAACGCUCUCCACAGCUGCCGUGACGCCUCCGCGGCAGAAGCAGCAGACGCGUCCGCGGCGGUGAGUCGCAUCCUGGCGCUGCAGCUGUCUGUCAACUCCCUCCUGGAUCUCCUUGGCCUCUGAGGAUGUUGUAAUGUCAUUGAGCCAGUGACAUAAAACAUGGCGCGCAAUUGUGAAAUACCUAUAGAGACAUUCACCCGUGCGUGCACGUACAAGGAGUCGCGUAAUGUCUUGGUAUUUAAAGUUUGGUCAUGAAUAUAAGCCGUGACGCUCGGACUUGUACCACGCAGCUAGCGCGCACUGAUGCUCAGCCGCUGCCUCUGCGCGUGGGCGUGCUUUGAAACGCGUUGCCUUGUUUUUCCUUGGCUGUGGUAUCAGCACCGACUCUGGGUCCUCGUGUGGGCAUAAAUCUCAGCCUAACGGUCCAAGACCCGAUUUUUAAGGCAUUGGAUUGAGGCAGGGAUUUAACUUUGCUCUGGUCAAGGUUAGGACUGAUGGACAGGUUAUGGCAAGACGACUGGAAAGAAUAAAAACUGUGGAAUUUUUUAUUGCAGAUUCUCACCUCUGUGUGUAUUUAAAUGUGAUAUUUCCAGGAAGAUACCAAAGGACAGAGAGGGAGAGAGAGACAGAGAGGGAUUGAGAGAGUCAGGUCGGUUGCCAGUGCUAUUGCGGGCUGCAGUCUGCGUCUACCCAAACCGUCUGUGCCUGGCUGAGAAGUUGUGCGGCGCUCACGUCACUUGUCGCCCGUGGCUGAGAAUGAAAGCAUACGGAGACCACGCAUGUUUCUAAUUCAAGACGACAGGGAGCUCAUGGCAGGAGUGUGGGAAGAGCAGCAGCAGAGACGACAUGAGAGAAUCUUCAUGGUGUCGCUUCAACAGUUCCCGUGAGACGAGUUUCACUGGGAUGACAAUCCCAUCGAGUUAACAACAACUCAAUGGAGAUGGGGAUCUAACAGAGAGUCUGGAACUCUCAUCUCAGGGACAGACAUCCCUUGCCAACCUUCUGCCUGCCAGGCAUUACUAAUUCAUAUCAUACUUCUUAUCACCCACCCCCCACCUUUUCCCUCACCAUGAAGGGCCUAUCCAACAGCCGGAGUCACCAUCACGUGGUCUCCUAUGAACCAUCAUACGAUCAUCUUGGUCACCAUGUUGACCAUAAGCCAUAUAUGAUAAGUCAGAUGGACAUGCCUGUGCCCAUUCCUAUCCCACAUCCAACAGAGCUGUCGUACUACAAUGCCCAACAUACCUCGCACCCCUCUGAGAGCAACAGCAUCGUCCCAUAUGGAACCUUCCCAAGGAGGUGUCACUCAACCUCCUCAUCUCACUAUCCUGAGGUAAAGGAUGAGUGUAUGGCCAUGGUACCAUAUGUAAAAGGAGGAGGAGGAGGAGAAAGAGGAAGAGCUGGUGGGGGCUAUGAAAGUAAAAUGCGGGGACCAGCACACUUUGUGGACCCGUUUGAACAUCAGCCUUCAUUUUCCAGAGAUGGGUACCAUACACUGCAGUACAAACGAGGAGUGAUGGCCCACAGUGGGGGGAUGGGGGCCAACAACAAUGACAGCCCAGGGAGAAUUCGCCAUUUGGUCCACUCAGUACAGAAACUUUUCACCAAGUCACAUUCACUGGAGGGCCCACACCACAUUCAGUCCACUAAGGGUGUCAAUAAUGAGAGCAUUAAUGGUGUGGGUGGUGGUGGUGGUGGUUCAAGGGCCAGUCCAGAAGGUGAAACUCCAGUGGGAGUGCGCCAUCGGAAGCGCAGCAAGAGCCGUGAGCGCUGUCGUUCAGCCGAGCCCAAGCAUCGCAGCCACCAUCACCACCAGCUCCACGGCAUUGCAUCUGCUCCAGGUUCGGGAUAUUGGAGCUCAGAUGACAACCUAGAACGAGAGCUGUAUCUCUACCACCCUCACUACCACCAUCCUCCACCUUCACCCACACCCUCCAUUUCCCCCUCACCUAUCGCCAUGACGAUGGGCCGGUACCCUUCAAACAACCCCGACAGGUUUCCCCAGACUCCCCUGCCCAGUCUCUCCUCCUCACAGUCCCAACAGUAUUUCAUGAUCGAUCCUUACGGCACACUCAGUGAACACAUACACACUCACCAUGGUCACUCACACCACCAUUCUGCACUCGAAGCCUCCAGAAGCAACAGCGAUGUGAAGUAUGCAGCUCCGUCAGCUCGUGUGCCAGUUAGUGGUAGCAGCAAUAACAACAGUGGCGGUGUCGGUGGAGGAAGUGGCCCCCUGCUGCCACUGGGCCUUGUGGAUGCGCCCCUUGUGAAGAAAGGGGCCUGGUCAUCUAGCCUUACGGUGAGCAGGGCCCGAGAGGUCUACACCAACACCAGCAGCCACAACCAGCCACGAUCCAGUGCUACGUCUGGUAACCUAAACCUAGAUAGAGCUCUAGUCAUAUCUAAGGGCAGUCAGCAGCAGGAGCCCACAUGCCAUUUCUUACAGGUACCUCAGGAUGAGUGGAGCGGCUUCUCCCUUCUGGGGAAGGAGGAAGACAUCCCCUGUCGGAGGAUGAGAAGCGGCAGCUACGUCAAAGCCAUGGCUGAAGAUGACAGCGGGGACUCUGAUUCUGGGAGUCCCAAACCUUCUCCCAAGAUCCAGGCUCGUCGAGCCAGCUACCUGAAAGCGACACAGCCGUCACUGACUGAGAUGACAACGUUACAGAUUUCCACGGAGCACUCUCCUAAACUUCAGAUCCGCAGCCACAGUUACUUGCGUGCCGUGAGUGAGGUUUCCAUCAACAGAAGCCUGGAUAAGCUGGACCCCAAAACCCUGCUGGACCCCAAAAUGCUGCUGUCCUCACCCCAAUAUCGAUCUCGAAAUGAGAGCUACAUGAGAGCCAUGAGCACCAUCAGUCAGCUGAGUGAGGUGGAGCUGAACGGACAGAUCGAGCAGGUGUGUGAGCAGGUCUACAGUGCGAUGAAGUCUCAAGCCAUGGAGUCUGCCAUGGACACCAUGGACAACAUGGACACCUUGCCCAUGCCGGGAUGCUUCCGUAUGAGGAGUCACAGCUACGUCAGAGCGAUUGACCAAGGCUGUGCGGGGGAGGACGAGGAAGAAGGAGGACGUCCACUGCUCAUACUGCCCUCCUCACCCCCACGAACUCCCACCACCGUCAGGACCAUACAGAGCAGUACAGUUUCGUCCUGCAUCACCACAUAUAAGAAAACCCCUCCACCAGUGCCACCACGAACCACCACCUGCUCUACUGCAUCUAAGCCUUACAUCUCCAUCACAGCCCAGAGCAGCACAGAGUCAGCACAGGAUGCAUACAUGGAGGAGGAAGGACACAGAGGUGACAUGGCCAUCCAUUCUGGGCUCAGUAACUCCACAGAAAGCAUUGACAGCAUGAAGGCCUUGACUGCUGCUAUAGAGGCUGCAAAUGCACAGGUCCAUGGACCGGCUAGUCAGCAUGUUAGCAACAGCACCAUGACAGUCAACCCUCCCGCCUCCACCAUCAUGGGCAGGGGGCCACACAAUGACGACCGCCAGGACAACUACAGGAAGGAAAUGUUCAGGAAGGGCAAAUGUCUUUCCAUAGGCAUCCAGGUUGAUGGACCAGAGGAGGUCCUCGAUCCAGAGGAUCCAUCCAAGUUCACGUCUGUCGGGGUUCAAGUGGAGGAUGCCAGAGGGUAUCAACGGUUCCAGCGUUCCAACAGUGUGACUGCAGCUGUGCAGGCAGAUCUGGACAGGCCUGACCUGUUGGACUCUCCAGACACCGCUAUGGAAUUCCUCUCCUCCGGGGGUCUCUGUCGGCAGUACUCCCGCGAUGCUGCCAGCUCGACCGUUAGCAUCCAAGGGUCGGGGAACCACUACCAUGCCUGUGCCUCUGAUGAGUAUGAGGACGUGGGCUUUGACCCGUCCAUCCUGCCACCUCCAGAUCCAUGGAUUGACAGCAUAACAGACGACCCACUGGACGUUAACUUCAACACCUCGUCUAUACUGGAUGUAGUCGAGCGCUCAGUGUGUCAAAGAGAUGGACGUUGGUUUCUCAAGCUGCUGCAGGCGGAGACUGAUCGCAUGGAAGGCUGGUGUCGACAGAUGGAGCUGGACCAACAAGAGAAUGACCUGCCGGAAGACAUACUGGGAAAGAUGAGAAGUGCCGUGGGAAGUGCUCAGCUUCUGAUGUCCCAGAAGUUCCAGCAGUUCAGGGAACUGUGUGAAGAGAACCUGAAUCCAAACGCCCACCCCCGCCCUGUGGCCUCAGACCUGGCUGGGUUGUGGGACAUGCUCCAGCUGUCUAUUGAAAACAUUAGCCUGAAGUUUGAUGAGCUUCACCAGCUCAAGGCCCAAAACUGGAGACCUCUAGAUCCACCUGAGAGAAAGGAGAUCCGGCUCCCACCGACUGUGCCAAAAAAGCCACCCAAGGGUCCCCAUCAUCACCACCCUCCCUUGGCCCGGGACCGCUCACUGGAAAGCUCUGAGAAGCAGCGGCUGGAGGCCAGGAAGCGACUGAUGGCGGCCAAGAGAGCAGCAUCCAUACGACAGAACUCUGCAACAGAGAGUGCCGACAGUAUCGAAAUCUACAUCCCAGAGGCUCAGACACGGCUAUAAGGAACGCUACAGGAAACACACACACACAUAUACAUACACACACACACAUGCAGACACAUCAAAUUACAUUAACACUGUCUGGAUCUAUGUGGAAGUGUAAUGCAUUUCAUCACCGGGGUCAGUGUGCAAUCUUACAUUCAUCACAUCCUGAUUCAGCAACAGACAGCACCCAUCCAGUUAACUCACAGCUGAAUAAUCUCUGCUGGCUCUGGAAUAAGGUUAAGUUUUGCCAGUGCUUCAAGUGACAAUCAAUAUUUAAAAAAAGAAAUGGCCAACAAAAAUGCUCUCUAACUAAACAGUAGCCUGAGCCUGAGCUUCACAUCUGAGACUCUCUCUCCAUCGUCCACCUUCUGUCUGGUCGUGCUGUGACCAGCAGCUGUACAAGUCAUCAAGUUGAUUUGAACUUAAUGACUUGUAAGUUCAAUUUGCUUAAUGAGUUCAAGGAGCAGUGAUGGUAACCUUUAGGCAGCUGCAGUUCAGAGCUUAUGUCACACUGCCCCCAGGUGGACGAACACAUGAACUACUGCCGAUGGUUACCUGGGGUUUAAUUAACCUUUUGGCUAUUAAACAAAAAAGUAGAAUUGAUACUUAUUUUAUAAAUAAAAAAACAAGUCAUACUCCUACAUUAUUUAAAUACUUAGAGCCAUGUUCACAUACAAAGACAUUAGAUAAAAUCCAUUCAGGGGAUUGAUUCAAAACUGAAUUUUUGGCUUUUGCACUAUGAGGCCACGGCCUUUGCCUCGUGCAGUCCACUUCCACAUGUGUGUUCACCAGUCAUUUCUAUGCUACUGUUGAGGUGGAGACUGUGAUUUGUACCUUACACACACUCACUCGUCUUCGUACGUGUCCUCUUCACACACAGAAAGCCAUCAAUAACUACUGUUAGUCAGGUGCAGCUGUCGUGUUGUUGUGACGUGGAUGUGUGACACGGUGUCAGUAACGCUGCCCUCACAGCACUUUAUCCUCCGCCCGGCUUCGAGCAGCGUGUGUUUGUCGGUUUGAAGGUGAAGCUGUAAAAAAAAAAAAACGAGCCAAUGAAAAAGAGCGGUGUGUCUGUCGUUCGUUUAGAAGUGAAGGAUGUCGUUGCCAUGUUCUUUGAGCCAUACUAGCCAUAGCAUUCUAUUGUAUUUUUACAAGUCAAAAAGUUCCAAGACAUAAGUUAUGGUUUCAACAGCUUUUAAAAACUAACAUAUCAACAAGUUUCAUCAUUUUAACUUUGUCAAGUUCUACGCUGUGUUAGGUGACGGCAGUGGAUCCUAAAGUGGGGGAAGCCUCCCCUCCUACUGUCCCCCCUCAGGUGUGCAGAGUUCAAAUCUACAAAGUGGGGCUCUGCAGAAAAAGUCUGGGAAAAACUUUGUUUGGGAGUUUGGGAGUCAGCAAAAAAAAACUAGUCUUGAUCCAGUCUUGAUAAAAUAGUAAGGUCAUAUCUUGACAGUCACGUGUCUUAGAACUUUUUGACUCAUAUCAACAAGAAAAAAACACUUUAUACGUGUGUUUUCUCCAGUCCUCUAAUCAGAUUUAAGGAUUCAAGGAGUUUUUUUCCCUGUCAACAGCUCUUCAAAGUGUUUAAUGACCAAAACAACACAAGUGUCCAACACAGGAGACUGUAUGAGGCGCCUGUCGUUUCCAAAUCCUCAGAACACGUGAAGCCAUUAAGCAAAUUAAAAUGCUAAAGAUGUCGGAGACACUGUUAGAAGAGACAAACUCCAAGUACAUGUAAAAUCAUGUUUCAUUUUUUGUGUGUGUGUCUUCGUAUAGUUAAAAUAAAAUAAAAGUCAAAAUAUAAAAGUCCACCUAGGAGACAGAGGACGAACCCACAGCUUUCAAAAUAAAAGACCGUCACAUUAAUGGCCGUGCCAAAUUUCACGAUAAAAACUUAUUUUAAAUGCACUUUAUAUCCAUUUCUAUCGUUGACUUUUUUUAUCGCACCUUAACAACCAGUCUGUCAGUCAAACCUAACGCCAAAAUAUGGAUUCAUUCAAACAGCGCAGGGUUCAUGUGAUGAAGAGCCAGACCAGAUGAAGAGGUCCUGGGACCUACACCUAGCAAUAACACGAUGGACAACAGAGACAUGUACAGCAUGAGCCCCCGAUCAGCCCCCCUGCUCUCCCUGUAUUGGAUAUUUUCCAUUUAAAUUCUAUUUUAGAAACUGACAUCAGUGUACAGUGUACCAGGUACUGUCACCAAAACCUCUUAAGUUUGGGUUAUAAUAAUAAUAAUAGAAAGUGGUUUAAUACGUCUCAACAAAAAUAGACUGGAGGUGAGGUGUAAACUCCUCAUCUAUCCACUGUGUCGUUAAACAGGGGGGUGGGGGGGGGGGUGGGCAUUAGCGUGUUCAGCACUAAAAUGCGUCUUCAGGCGUUUUAUUAAAUCGUCCCUGAUGAUGAAAUACCUCCAAACUGCUGACGUUGUUGACCUACUUCAAUAUACUGUAAUACCCAACAGGGCAGUGAGCCAUGGAACUGCAGUAGGAAAACACAACACUGUCUGGAGUGUGUACAGCUGGUUAUGGUGAUUAGUAGGGACGUCCGAUAACAUCGGCUAACCGAUGUUAUCGGAGUGUUUGGUCCAUAUCGGACCUUCCUAUUGAUGGAGUGUCGGCGUGUUCUCGAGUUUCGGGUGAUACUGUGAUUGGUAUCGGCUCAUCUUUUAGGUUCAGCCUAUGAGGUCAUGUGUCCAAACCACAUGCAAACCUAUUCUACCAUGUAACUGUCAAAUACCACAAAGCUUUAAGUCUCACUGAAAAAGAAUUCAGCUAAAGUCUGACGCCCCUGUCGGCUCAGAGUGUUCAGCUGUUUGACCCCACUCUAUGAAACACUCCAUCCUUCGUCAACACUAAUUUGCCAGAGUGACACUGAACAAUAUGCAGGGAAGAAGCACACCUAACUCUUUUGUACUGUGAAGACAGGAGCAGCAGGAGUGAACUGGGUGGAUUUGGUGAACGGGUCACUUUGUUCCUGCUACAGUUCAACAUCCAUCAGGGUUUCUUCUGUUCUCCGGCCACGUUUUGCGGCUGGAAAUGCGUUUUUUUUAUAUGGGAUGAUCUAAUUUAUACAACUGUCGCGUAUUCCGACUUUUGUUGUUGACAACACGAAGUAACUGCCAGUGAUUUCCGUCGUGCAAUGAUCCUGAAAUCACAAGUGAAAUAGUUGGGUUUUACAGAUGAUGAUGUGUUUAUACAAUUAAUUGGGGAACUUUGUGUGUGUGUGUGUGUGUGUGUGUGUAGGGAGGAUGUAAUUUUGUACAGGAUCUGAUUACCUCUGUGUUGAAAUGAUGGUGAUGACAAUAACAGUGGCCCAUAUUUAAUGUAAAAUACCAUUUUAUGGAAGAAGAAAUUGCCCUAAAGAGAUGCUGAAGGACUUUUCUAUUUAUGUAUUUAUUCAUUUCUUUAUUUAUAAAUUUAUUCAUUCCUUUAGUCAAGCACUGUUCUGGUGUUCCAGUAGCGCGUGUUUGUUAGUUUGCUUGGAGAGUAGAUUGACGUGAAGUUACAUUUGUAUUUAACAAAUCAAACAAUUCAACGAUGAUCAACUUUUAAAGGAAAUAACGACAUACCAUCUGAUAUUAGAGUCCAUUUAAAUUGCUGUUUUAUACUUGACAGAUUUUUUUUGAAAGUAAAAAAAAAUAUUUUUUAAAUUGAAUUUUAGUGCCACUAAAGAUAUUCUAAUGAUAUAUUUUGUGAAC